GGGUUUGUUCUAUCUGUCAAUCCAGGGGGCAGAAUUGUAGAGUCGCGAUUGUUUCGCAGAUCACUUGUUUCCCUGGUGGGGCAAGAGAGUCUGAGAGCCAUGUUACAUACAUGCAACUCUUAUUGCGUAGUAGUUGACGCGUGGAGGGGUGGGAGUCUCAACUGCAAUGUUUGUUUAUUGGGUGGUCAGUGAUGCAAAGCUUGAGCCUCGAGGAGUUGCAUGGUCUUUGUCCAUGUAUGUUUUGUUUUCUGUUUGUUGGUUCGUCUCGCAUAUCCACCUCUCUUGCCGGUACUGUUUCCGUAGGUUAAACCAUUUGGGCUUUGGCAGUCUACGGCGGGGCGAGAAGGGGCCAGCCGGGGAGAAGGGAGGAAAGGGGGCGUUUGUCCGUCUGUCUGUGUUCUUGACUUUACAAGGUACGGACGGGUAUUCCCACAUUCAGGCGUUCUCACGGGACAUGCUUGUAUGUUUACGAUGGAAAGAGACUACCUUAGUGUAUUGCUUAAUCAUAGGCGAACGAGCCUUCUUUCUUCUUCAUCAGGUCCUUUUUCUCCCCCUUCUCUCUGCAUUGGGUCUGGUCUCGUCUUUGGCCCCCCCGAACCUUCUCAUCGUACCACAUGUUCCACGCCGUCGUCGUUUAAAGGUGGGUGGCCUCGUGGCCAUCGAUUUGGCUAUUAGUCGAGCAAGACCCGCGCGCCCACGGCGGCAACGAGGACUGAGAGUCUGUGACAUGCCAAAAUGGGUCGGCUGUAUGCGCAUGGCCACCCAUUUCCGUUCAUUCUGGGUGGCAUGGAUGCAAAUAGCUCCACCCGGUCGUGGAACCGAGGGGCCGAAAAUAAUCAAACAAACCCAAGGCAAAGGACCAGAAGCGGCGUGGCCGUCCAGGAAGUCGGGAGCAAAAAUGCGCGUCCAGCAGAGGUGCAGCAGUGCCGGAUUCCCAUGGGUUCAUCACUUCAUCGCCUCGACGGUGGAGACCCCGUCGCCUCGGAAGACUAGCGCCGCCCCCCACGUUCCGGUGCUUAGCCCGUGGUUCGGGAUCCACCCGACUCUGCGGUUUGCCCAGCAGUGAGAACACCAGGGACCAACAACAGUCGCCAGUCGCUCGGCAAACGGGAUACCUACUGCAGCAGUCUCUGCACAUUCUGACAGUCUAGGUGUCUAGCUGCAGCGUAUCUGUAAGGUAGUCAGCAGGGCGGC